AUAGGCCCAGUUGGAGCUGGGACGGGUUUUGCUAGGGUUUACUGCUUGUCUUCCUUCCUCGGCAGUCACGGCGUCGCCUGAUCGCCUACGGCGCUUCGUCCUGCUUCUCUGGUGCUCCCGAGAAGAAGAGAUUGGCAAUGAAGGACCGCCACCUCUCGCUGAACCAGACGCAGCGGGUCCGCCUCGAGGCCGCACUCCAUGAGCUCCAGUCCCUUGCGCCCGCCGCCGCGUCCGCCGCCGCUGUCACCGUCGCGGACACCAUUCCCGUCAAUCAGGAGGACAACAUCCUCAAGGGGCACGGGACGUCGGACCAGGACGGGGAGGUGGUGGCGACGCUCUGCGGGGUGGUUGAGCGGGUCAACAAACUGGUAUACGUCCGUACUCUCCGGGCGAGAUACAAGCCGGAGGUUGGUGAUAUCAUAGUUGGCCGUGUGAUUGAGAUUGCUCCAAAGCGCUGGAGGUUGGAGAUAAAUUUUAGCCAAGAUGCUGUUCUGAUGCUUUCGUCUAUGAAUUUGCCCGAUGGUAUUCAGAGAAGGAGAACUGCUGUUGAUGAACUCAAUAUGCGGAGUAUCUUUGAAGAAAAUGAUGUUAUCUGUGCUGAAGUUCGCGGCUUCCAACAUGAUGGAUCUCUGCACCUACAGGCAAGGAGUGAAAAAUAUGGAAAGCUCGAGAGGGGUCAAUUGCUGAUGGUACCUCCAUACUUGGUUAAACGAAAGAAGCAGCAUUUUCAUCAUCUUGAGCAGUACAAUGUCGACUUGAUUCUUGGUUGCAAUGGAUUCAUCUGGGUUGGUGAGCAUGUUGUGGUGGGUGAAACAACAAAAACGACAGGAGGUCAGCAGAGGUUCAGCACUGAAGCAGAGAAUUUUACCCCAUUAGAAACGAGGAAGCAUAUUUGCCGGCUUGCCAAUGCUGUGCGUGUGCUCUCAGCCCUAGGAUUCACUUUGAUCGUUGAACUGAUAAUUGAGACCAUGGAAGCAAGUGUGUCAUCAAAUGUAGAGAUAAAUGCCAUGCUCGGUGCUGAAUUCUAUGUCCAGACAGCAGAGAGAGAGGCUAAGCGUCGAGCUGAUCUGUUGAGAAAGAAGAAUGGGGCAAGGUAAGUAGGUAGCGCCCUCGGCCCUCGUCCUUGAUGAUUCCAGUUUCCUGAUUUGCAGAGAACAGUGCCUGACAUGUUGGGGUGUUCCAUCUGCAUGGGACCUGUAAACCUGGAACAGUGCCAUAAUGCUUAUGUGAUUGUAUCUAAGGCAAAAUACGCAAUCAAGUUCUAUGUACACCUUUCCGAGUAGCAAAGAUGUAAGGGGUUCGCUCCACUUUGUGCUGUACAUGCAUUUGAUUAUGGUGCCUGGUGCCGGCAGUGUUGUGCCUGGCAGAUCUUCGAUCCUUUGUUGCUAACUCAAUGCACACUUCUGAUUUGAAAUUUGACGUCCGUCGUGGACAUGAAUUAUGUUGCC